UUGGGAAAAAUACAAAUUUUGCAUCAAAAUUAAAUUUUGGUGUGCGAGAAAAUGGAGGACGUGGUUUCCUCAUUUACUUAAUUGCGUGGUAAGACCUUGGUCACCAAUCCAAGGAGAGUUCCUAUCCGAAUCUCUUCUAUCAAGGUUACCGAAACAAAAUAAGUGAUCCAGAUUUUUCAAAUUCCAUCUAAACGUUUCAUCUGUUUUGACUUUUUAAAAAAUAUAAUAAUUUUUUACCGUUUGAUGAAAUUUAAAAAUCCAGAUUACUUAAUAGCGGUGGAAGAGAUCUGGAGAGAGGAUUUCUUCUCCACCGAUCCGACUCACAUCCACGUCGCCAACAGAGAGUGACUGGAAACCAUUUCUCCAAGCUACAUAUACCAUAAACAAAUAAAUAAAUUCAGAAAUUAAUAUUAUAAAUUAAAUAAAUUGCUUUCUUCUCCAUUUAUCAUAAUCCAAUCCAUACUCUCUUUGUCAAUCAUUGUAAUCUCUGAGUGCUUUCAGUGAUACGUGCGGAUCAAGGUGGCUGUGUCUGUUAGUGACACACUGGAAGUUGCUACGCAACACUUUACUGUCGUUUGCAUUAAGGAAUGGUCACUCGAUAUGGAGACAAUGUCAGUGAAUACUGGAAAUUCCCAUUCCAAUAAAAGGCAAGCGUCAGAGCAUUCGGAAACUACUAAUGAAGAAAAGAGGCCUGCAGUAAAAGAAGUGAGCACUCCUGUAUUUGUUAAUCAUGCUGCAAUUGCUUGGCAUGAGAGGAGAAAAAAGUGGGUUGGGAAUCAACGGGUGCAAAGAGCGGAAAAGGAUCCAAUCAUAAGCUGGUCAACAUCAUAUGAAGAUCUGCUGUCGACGAAUGAAUCUUUUCCUGAGCCAAUCCCCUUAACUGAGAUGGUAGACUUUUUAGUUGAUAUUUGGCACGACGAAGGUCUCUUCGAUUAGACGAUGUGGAGACAGAUAGAAGUUGGAGAAGGUCAUUAAACCCUAAUACAAUCUAAUUUCUUGUAGCUGAUCAAUCACACAAGGUUGGAUUCCGGAAAGCGUUGCGAUGAACCGAAGCAAUAUCCUUUUCCGGUUUCUUAAUUCUUUGGAUUGUAAAAUCUAGAUAUUGUUCAACAUUUACCACUUUAAAUUGUGGUGAAAAAAAAAAAGACUAAUGCAUUACACUUAAGUUCUAAUUCUGGAUUAUGACGUGAGGAUCUUCUGUUUCUUCCUGUUGCAAGAAAGACUAAUGCAGUAAUUUCUUUUGGGAAUACCAGUUAAUCAACUGAAGAUACAAUUUUGGUGAAUGAUUAAAAGAUGGAGUAGGAUUCUCGCCCCUCCAAA